AUGGACCCCAAGUUCAAUGGCGAAUGGAGUGCCUUCGAGAUUAAAAUGGUGAAAUCACUAAUUGCUAGUCACAAUGCCAACAACAACAAUCAAUCAGGUAAUAGCCUUGUGAACAACAACUAUGGAAUCCCAAGGGAGGAUCCAACCAUGGACAACAUGGAUAUGUCACCUGGCUCUCUGAAAGGUAAGCAAUCAGAGGCCCCAAGGAUGGUGGAGGAAGCGCCUCAGCAGCAAGUAACCAUUCCUCAUCAAGAGAGGCGGCACAAGAGGUCGUUUUGGACCACAGAAGAGCACAAGCAGUUCCUCCAUGGUUUGCAAAUGUACGGCCGCGGCAACUGGAAGAACAUCUCUAGGCACUUCGUCACCACUAAGACACCAGUGCAGGUCUCCAGCCAUGCGCAGAAGUACUUCCGUAGGGUAGAGCGCACCACCGAGAAGCAACGCUACAGUAUUAAUGAUGUCGGCCUCUAUGACGCUGAACCUUUGGCACAGAAUAACUCUUCCAGUUUGGAGGCGCUCUCCUUUGCUGGUGGCGCAAAUAAUCAAAACAACUAUGGAUCCGGCAGCUACCUUGCCACCAUGAACAACCUUGCACAGAUUUGGUCACCCUUCCUGUACAGGACUGCCCAGGCGAGCAGCAGUCAGGCGACCAUACGCAUUUGGACUGGCCAGCAGAUGGGGUCUAGUCCUUCUGCAACUCUAGCACCAGAGGGACCUAAAAUUCAAAUGGCCUGGAUUGGUAAUAGUAACAUGUAA